CCCUCCCCACCCUCUCUCUCUCUCUCUCUUUCUCUCUCUCUGGCGUAGGUGACGAACGGCUCCAAGUUUUUCCCUGGGAAAGAAGGGGCCUCUCUAGGGUUUUACUUCUCUCUCAGCGUCGAGGGUUCGGGGCACCAGCUAGUGGCGUAGGGUUUGUGGUUAUCUCCGUGACUAGAUUCCCUAUUCGGCUUGGGGAGCUCAAGAACAGUGUUUUGGGCCCGCGAUUCGAGCCAUUUCUUGUAGUCGAGUACGGAGAUUUUCGGCAUAGGGACAAGACGGCAACUGUUGAUGGGCGGCGUGAGAUGCUCGCGUUCCAUGAUCUGAUGUACGUUUCUUGUGUAUUUCUUCUUUGUUGUAGGCUUUUUGAUGUGGUUAUUAGGUCUCAUGCAUGAAAAUCCACAUAUAAUUGGCGUAUCUCUAGAAGUUUUGGGAAAUUCUGGCAAAAAGCAUGAUAUCAGAUUGAAAUCUUCAAGGAUUUAUAGGUUUCGCGUGUGUUAUAGCCGUAAAAAUUGUAACUUUGAUGGAGGUUGGAGCGGCAUUGGGCCUGGACUUCAAUCCCGAGUCGAUUGAAGUUGACGCUGGUGAUUCAGUUUUACUUGAAGAUAAUGUCGGUGAAAAAGAAGAGGAGGAGGAGGAGGAGGAAGGAGAUGUAGAAAAUCCAGUGGUUGAAAUGAGCUGCCAGUUCAUGGGGACAGAGUUCCCUUUUGAUGGAGGUGUACAGGGGAAACUGGAACUUCAAAUGGAACCGAGCGAGCCCUACGUUGGCAUGGAAUUUGAUUCGCUCGAGUCUGCAAGGAAGUUCUACUUUGACUAUGCUGAGCAUGUGGGCUUCCGAGUCCGCAACAAUAGGUUUAGGACCUCGAGGCGUGAUGACUCCAUCAUCAUGAGGCGGUUCGUGUGCUGCAAGGAAGGAUUCUACCUGAAGAACGAGAAGAGGAAGAAUGAUGGCAAGGAGAGGCGGAAGCGUGCUUCAAUAAGGGAAGGUUGCAAGGCAAUGUUAGAGGUGGUUCGGAAGGAUAAGGACAGAUGGGCAGUAACUAAGCUCAUUAUUGAACACAACCAUGCAUUUGUUGUCAAUAUUAGAGCAUCGAAGCCCAAGAAGAAGAGGGCACCGCUAGCCUUCCCUGUUGAGAUGAGCUCACUGUUUGGAGAAGGCUUUGGUGCUGAGGAAAGACAAAAUGCUGUCUGGGGAGGAGGCGAGGCCUUUAGCCUCUUGCAAUACUUUAGAAAGAUGCAAACAAAGAAUCCUGCAUUUUUUUAUUCAAUUGAAGUUGAUGAAACUAACAAGUUAAAGAAUGUUUUCUGGGCCAAUGCAAAGGCUCGGAUGGCAUACAGUUACUUUGGUGAUGUUGUUGCUCUUGAUACAACAUAUAAAAAAAACAAGCUGAUGAUGCCCUUUGUGCUGUUUACAGGGGUAAAUCGUCACUUGCAACCUGUUGUGUUUGGGUGUUCCGUGCUCUUGGAUGAGACAGAAACUUCUUACAUAUGGCUGUUUGAAACAUUUCUAGUGGCUAUGAGUGGACGUCUUCCAGUUUCAUUCGUUACUGAUCAUUGCAAAGUUUUAGCAGCAGCAGUUAUGAAGGUAUUCCAUGGCACCCAUCACCGUUUUUGCAAGUGGAGGAUCUUGAGCAAAUGCAAGGAGAAGUUGCCUGAUAUCUGUUCAACACAAGCAGCUCGAGCUUCUCUCAAAGGGGAUAUGAAGAAAUGCAUCGAUGAGACGGAUACGGUUCAAGACUUUGAGUCAUUAUGGGAGGCAUUCCUUCUUAAGUAUAAUCUGACGGAGAAUGAAUGGAUUCAAUCAUUAUAUGAGGUCCGCCAACAGUGGGCCACAGUAUACUUGAAGGAUAAGUUCUUCGCAGAAAUGUCUCCUACUCAAAGAUCUGAAAGUAUGAACAAGUUUUUUCAAAGAAAUUUUGAAACAAAGACAAGCUUAUUUGAAUUUGUUGCAAAGUUUGAUCAGGCCAUUGCAGGACAGUAUGAGAAGGAAGUUCAGGCAGAUUUUGCUAAUAUGAUAACUAGACCUGUUUUGAAAACUUCAUCAUUAUUAGAAAAGCAAGCAUCAGAGACCUACACAAAAACCAUAUUUGCCAUAUUUCAGGAGGAGCUUGUCCAGGCCUUGGGUUAUUCGGUGGAAAAAUUCCAGGAUGGUUCUGUCUGCAGAUACCAUGUGGCUCUUAAUGCAGAGGGUGCCCGUAUGACAUAUGACGUCACCUUUGAUUCUUCUGAAACAAGAGCAAGAUGUAGUUGCCAAAAGUUUGAGUUCUCAGGCAUCAUAUGCAGACAUAUAUUGAGGGCUUUUCAGGCGGUUGGUCUUUGUAAGCUUCCAGAAGGUCUCAUUUUGAAAAGGUGGACACAGAAUGCCAAGAGUGGCACUGUUUUAUAUGAAAAUUGUGCCAACAUUCAGGGAAAUGCUCAAAAUAUUUUUACUCAGCGAUGCAACGAUCUUUUCUUAGAUGUUCUAAAACAUGCAGCAGAAGGGGCAACAUCUUUGGUGACUUAUAAGGCUGCAAAAGAUGCUCUGCAAAAGGCUUUUGAUGAAGUUGUUUCUGCAAAAAAGUCCUUGUGGUCAACAAAACCAGAACUUGUCAAGGGAUGAGGGCAACUUGCAAACAAGCACCAGGUGUCAGGCAAGUAGGGCUUCACAUGGUUAAAAAAAGAAGAAAAACUCUGGUAGGGCAUGCCUCAGGUUGAUCAUCGCGAACAUGCCGUCAAAGAUCCAGACAAUUCAGGUGUUACUUUUCUGUCUCUGAAAUGAAGGGAUGUGGAAGCAGAUGCCUGAAGGUCAGACAUUGGCCCGGCUACUUUUUCAGAUCUGAAUCUUGUAAAUCUUUGUAUCGCCUUUUUUUUUUUGUCACAAUUAUUGUUGUUUUGUUUAGGAUCCUAUUGUUAAGGAUGCAUGGGAGGUUCUAUUGUGUCAACCUAUUUAAUAAUCAAAAGCUAGCCUUUGGUGCAGAUCAAAUCAUUGGUUCAGGUUGUCAAGUUGUAUUUGUUGUUCUUGUAAAGAUGAAAGCUUUAUGCUUUAUUAUAUUGAAGAAGAGUCUGUAUUCCUCCCAAAGGAGAGUAUAUAUAUGUAUAUAUUUGGUGAAAGCAAAUAUAUAAUCUGAAACUAUUCGAAAGCUAG